CCCCCGGAUUGGCCAAUGGGCGUACUCGGCGGCGUCACGUGCUCGCCGCCGCCGCCGCGGUCGCUGCCGAAGCCGAGCUCGGAUCCGCGAGCGCCACCAAGGCAGCAGCCGCCGCAGCCGCCGCCGCUGUGUUGAGGAGCCGGAGACGCGGGCGGACGAGGUGGCGGCGGCGGCGGAGCGGGAGCGGGGAGCGGACGCGGGCGGAGCGCGGCGGCGCGGGUGCAUUCCAGAGAACAAUUUUCAAACAUCUUUGCUUAUAUUUGACAUUGAGCAGUCGGGAUUCAGGCAUAUGAGGAGGUACUGUCACACAAAACAGUGUCUAGUGAAGACGACAAGAAAGAGAGAAAAAGAUCGGAAAAAGAAACUAAAAUAUCAUAGGAAACCAUGAGAUCUAUUAGAUCUUUUGCCAAUGAUGAUCGCCAUGUUAUGGUGAAACAUUCAACAAUCUAUCCAUCUCCAGAGGAACUUGAAGCUGUGCAAAAUAUGGUGUCUACUGUUGAAUGUGCUCUUAAACAUGUCUCAGAUUGGCUGGACGAAACAAACAAAGGCACAAAACCUGAGGGGGAGACAGAAGUAAAGAAAGAUGAAGCUGUGGAAAACUAUUCCAAGGAUCAAGGUGGCCGGACAUUGUGUGGUGUAAUGAGGAUUGGCUUGGUUGCAAAAGGCUUGCUGAUUAAAGAUGAUAUGGACCUGGAGCUAGUCUUAAUGUGUAAAGACAAACCCACGGAAACCCUGUUAAAUACAGUAAAAGAUAACCUUCCUAUUCAGAUUCAGAAACUAACAGAAGAGAAAUACCAAGUGGAACAAUGUAUAAAUGAAGCAUCAAUUAUAAUUCGGAACACGAAAGAGCCAACACUGACUUUGAAGGUGAUACUUACUUCCCCUCUAAUUAGGGACGAAUUGGAGAAGAAGGAUGGAGAAAAUGUUAUGAUGAGAGACCCUCCAGAUUUAUUGGACAGGCAAAAAUGCCUGAAUGCCUUGGCUUCUCUUCGACAUGCCAAAUGGUUUCAGGCAAGGGCAAAUGGAUUAAAAUCAUGUGUAAUUGUCCUCCGCAUUCUGCGUGAUUUGUGCAACAGAGUACCCACAUGGGCACCAUUGAAGGGAUGGCCACUAGAGCUUAUUUGUGAAAAGUCUAUAGGUACUUGUAAUAGACCUUUGGGCGCUGGGGAGGCCUUGAGACGAGUAAUGGAGUGUUUGGCAUCUGGAAUACUACUUCCUGGUGGUCCAGGUCUUCAUGAUCCUUGUGAGCGAGACCCAACAGAUGCUCUAAGCUAUAUGACCACUCAGCAAAAAGAAGAUAUCACCCAUAGUGCACAGCAUGCACUUAGACUAUCAGCCUUUGGCCAGAUUUAUAAAGUGCUGGAGAUGGACCCUCUUCCGUCUAGUAAGCCUUUUCAGAAGUAUUCCUGGUCAGUUACUGAUAAAGAAGGUGCUGGCUCUUCAGCUCUAAAGAGGCCAUUUGAAGAUGGAUUAGGGGAUGAUAAAGAUCCCAACAAGAAGAUGAAACGAAACUUAAGAAAAAUUCUGGAUAGUAAAGCAAUAGACCUUAUGAAUGCACUAAUGAGAUUAAAUCAGAUCAGGCCUGGGCUUCAGUAUAAGCUUUUGUCACAAUCUGGCCCAGUCCAUGCCCCAGUCUUCACAAUGUCUGUAGAUGUGGAUGGUACAACAUACGAAGCCUCAGGACCAUCCAAGAAAACAGCAAAGCUUCAUGUGGCAGUUAAGGUUUUACAGGCAAUGGGAUACCCAACAGGUUUUGAUGCAGAUAUUGAAUGUAUGAGUUCCGAUGAAAAAUCAGAUAAUGAAAGCAAAAAUGAUACAGUAUCUUCAAACUCAAGCAAUAAUACUGGAAAUUCUACAACUGAGACCUCCAGUACCUUAGAGGUAAGAACUCAGGGUCCUAUCCUCACAGCAAGUGGCAAAAAUCCUGUGAUGGAGCUCAAUGAAAAAAGAAGAGGUCUCAAGUAUGAACUCAUCUCAGAAACUGGUGGAAGCCAUGACAAGCGCUUUGUAAUGGAGGUAGAAGUAGAUGGACAGAAAUUCAGAGGUGCAGGUCCAAACAAGAAAGUGGCCAAGGCAAGUGCAGCACUAGCUGCCUUGGAGAAGCUGUUUUCUGGACCCAAUGCGGCAAAUAAUAAGAAAAAGAAGAUCAUUCCUCAGGCAAAGGGCGUUGUGAAUACGGCAGUAUCUGCAGCAGUCCAGGCAGUUCGGGGCAGAGGAAGAGGAACUCUGACAAGGGGAGCGUUUGUGGGGGCUACAGCAGCUCCUGGAUAUAUAGCUCCAGGUUACGGAACCCCAUAUGGUUACAGCACAGCUGCCCCUGCAUAUGGUUUGCCCAAGAGAAUGGUUCUGUUACCCGUUAUGAAAUUCCCAACAUAUCCUGUUCCCCACUACUCAUUCUUUUAGCAAAUGACAGAAGCUCAUUCCUAUUGAACAACAAUACAGUACAAUGCAGAAUGUUAGAGAAAAAGCCUUUUUAUCCUGCUUUCUUUGAACACAUACUUACUUGAUCAAAAUUAUUUGUAAAGAACAUCUUUCCUACUUUUUGAUUUUAACAAAUGCAAAUUCAGUUCUCUAAAACUUGAAAACAAACAAAAGAAACCAGUUCUGUGAAACGGUACCUCAUUCCUGGAAAUAAUUUAUACCAGCCCCUUCGUUGUAGGGAAGUCUAGCAGCUCAAAGUUGACGUUUUAAGAGAGUAUCAGAUUAUGUAAAGUUAAAUUUGUGAAGGAUGUAUAGAGUCUCAACACUGAUCACAAAUAAACUGCUUUGUUGUAACACAGAGUACUGCCUGGUUCCUGACGCAGUCACUGAUUGGUAGCUGAGUGAUAUGUGCUUACUCCAGGGCACUUGAAUUUGGGCUGUAGUUAUUUUUUUUUUAAAUACAGUAGAAACCUUUCAUUUAAACCUUAACUUUGUAAAUAACGAAGUGUGUAAUUAAAGCCAAUAAAAUAUGGGUUUGAAUAUUGUUUUAGCUUAUUAUUUUUGAUAUGUUUUGGUAUCAAAUUUCAAGGAAUUGAAAACUAGUAAUAACUUGGCCCUAGAAACCCAUUUAUUUGUAAGCAAGCUGCUAAAAACAAAGCAAAGAUGAUUUCUCAAUCUCUUCAUUUUGUAAGCUCUUUGUACUCCAGCUGUACAAGGGCAUCCCCAUGAUAAGAUUACAUUCUGUUAUCCCAGCAUUGCUUAUUAAAAUGUUGGCACCAUCCAAAGAUGGGGAAGGAGGAUUGUGAUUAUUUUAGUUUACGAAUUUUCAAGUUAAAAAAAUAAAUUAAUCAAUCACCCUCUUUUGUUCUUGUGGCCUUCUUCACUCUGUAAGACUCUGUGUUCACUCCUUGACUUUUCACAUGUAGAUAGAUGAUUAGCAGUUUUUUUUUUUAAUUCCUUGAAGGGUCUCCUUUCCUCUUCUUUGAUAUCAGAAUCUAAAGCAGCAACAGGAUCCCCAUAAAAACUCGCUCUCUGAUUGUCCCAGUUCUUGUUGAGUGCUGCUGUGAAAAGUGACAGGUUUCAGCCAUGGGUCAGCAUUUACUUUUAAGACACCUGAUUAUACUGGUGGAAACUGAGAGCCAGUAACAUUGUGCUGUUCUGUGAAGGGUGCAGACCCAAGUCCUCCCUUGCAUUCUCACUGUGUUUGGAAAGCUGAUGAUGUUACUAGAAGGGAAUGGUUUCAUUAAGGUACUCACCCCCAUUCAGCCAUGAGUGUAGUCUUCUACAGACACAAGUCACUAUUUUUAAAAAUGACUUAGGAAGUUACUACUUUUCUAUUAAAUUCCUUUUCGAAACCAAGCAGUGUCCAUCACUUGAAAGCAGUCUUAAUAAACUUAUGUACCAGGCUCCUUUGGAAGGGAAGGCGAGAUGAGCCUGCGGGCACAAGUGCUGCUCAGAUAUGUAUUACAUAGUCGUUUGUUCCUUUCCUUGACCUUUGUUUUCUACUAGUGGUGGGUGAUACUUUAAUAAAACCUUGUCACUUGCUGAAAAGAGCUUUAACUUGUCAUUUUCAUCAUGUGUGUUAGUGCAAGACAUAGUGGAGCAGGGCCUCUUUCAGCUGGGAGUUUUCAUGUUCAUUGAUUUGUUUUGCUGACCUAUGGAUGAAACAGAGCCAUCACUGAGAAGAAAAAGCAUGGCUGCUAGUGUCCAGUUUUUAUUAAUUAAAUAUUUACAAUGGUCCUGUUUUUUAAAAUACUAUUAAUUGGCAGUUGCAGUUGUAUUGUUAUUUGAAAUUGAUCAUCAAAUUUGGACUCUAGGCUGGAGUCUGCCUUGAGAUUUCUUUUUAGAAAAGACUUUUGCAGUCUCUGACUCUGCUUCAUAACUCACCCCCUCUCUGAUGGAGGAGGAAGCUGUGCUGUUCUCCAACAUGAUGGCCGUCAUUUCAAAUGGUUCCUACCAAGUCUUCCCCCUUUCUUCUUAAUUUUGUUGUUUGUUGGAAGUUACUAACCAUGUUGUAAACCUGCCCAGUUGCUGCAAACUUUUACAUUUCUCUGCUUUACUUAAAACAAUGGAGCUGUUGACCCUAUGUUAGAAGUGGUAACCAUGCAAGUUCAACUGUUUAAAUUCUGUAAUGAAUUAAGUGUCCUCCCACCUUUUGCCCUUCCCACCCUUCAUUUUGUAAUGAAAAUUCCACUUACAGUUGAAAGAGCAGAGAAAUAUAAAUGAAGCUCUUAGCUUCGUCCAUUUGUGUGAGAUUAACAUAAAGCUCUGCUUCUCUGCUCUUUUCUCCACUGUAGGUGGUUUUUUCAUUGACAGCCCCUAUUGCCAGCCUCUGAGCGUCGCACCAUUUAUUAUUCACUUGGGCCCUCAAGAUUUCUUCUCUGACUUCUAGAACCAUCAGGUUGUCUGGCUUGAAUGGCAAUUUUAUAUCUUGGUCUUAAGAGCAAUGUGACCCACUAAGGCUUUCCAGCUUUCAGAUCCACUCUAACCCUUUUUGAAAUCAAUGACUGAGAAUUUUAAAGAAGAGCAAUACUUUGUCCAAAGCCAUGAUGUCUGUUUUAAAGCUCUCCUUUUGGACAUGUAGCAAUAUCUAGAUGUAAGCCCUUCAGUGUAGCUCUUAUCAGGGAGUUUACAGAUCAAUGUAGAACUUAGAAUCUGUGUGAGCUGUGCAAUCCUCUGACACUUUUUAAUCGUUUUUAGUACAUAACUUGAGCUUUUACUUUUCUGGCUUUGCCAGCUAGCAGUGUUAUAAUUAAUCUGAGACAAGUGUCCUCCUUAAGCCAUAUCUUUUGGUGGGGGCCGGCGCUUCACCAGAGGUGUGGCUGGCAACCUGUGUCCCUUAAGGCUGCAGGAGUGCCGCAUCUCUUGUGCCCCAUAAUGGCUCCUUAGAUUUCCAACAUACCUCAUACUGAUGAGGUUCGGUGCAUUGUAUGGCAAAGUAAGGGGUUGGGUUCAGUAGCUCCUGAAAUUGUUUGUAAUCUCUCAAACUGUUACUCUUGGGAAUGAAAUACUUAAUGGUUUUGCUUGGAUUAGCAUUUUCUUUUUUCUUCUUCUUCCUUUUUUUUUUAAAUGGGUGAAUGUUUGAAAAUCAUGAAUCAGUCACCGUAAUUAAUUGAAGAGCUGGGAAUACCUGUUAAUGUAUUUUUAAAACUGGUGUUGGACCCUCUGUGUAUUUCAGGUUAAUACUUUUAAGCAGUUUUCAGCACGUUUAUCUCACUUUAUUCUCGUUCUCCUCGGACCUCCGUAGCCAUAUCACUUGUAUAAAAUAGGCUGAGAUAUAGUGACUGUAAGCUGUGAUCUCAGUAUUCAAAGGUAAGCUCUUUUAUUUUCUGAUUAAAGAAAACAAUAACCAAUUAACACAACAUGCAUAUAUGACAAUCAUAUGAUAUAUUUGAUCUCUUAGGUCUUAUGCCACUGCAUUAACUUUAAAGUUUUAUGGUCUAAAUGUAAAAUAGUAAUUUCCGGCAUUUGUUUUAAUACUCUUGUAAACACUUUAUAUUUAAAAUAAACAUUUCACAUUCACUGAGUCCAGUGUAUGUGGGUAAAAAUGUAGGAUAUAAUGUAUAUGUAAUUUAUACAUACAGAGGCACCUGUUUGAAUAUAAUAAUACAGUUGUAGUAGCACUAUCUAAGCAAAGCAAAAUGACAGGGCACUGUCUUAUUCAAGGAGCUAGGAUAUCAGAAGCAGUAAUGGUGGUGACGUGCUAUAGAAUUCAUGUGCAUUUGCUGCACAGGCUGAGGGGUACAAGUGCCAGUCUCUCAAGAAGAUCACCUUCUUUGACCUGUGUUGCAUGCUCCAAUACAGCAACAGCAAGAAGCCAUUAAAAAAGCAAUAGAAAAUCAAAGACAAAACUAUAAACUGUGGGAAAUAUAUGUAAUUGGCUGAGUUAAGCUAAUUAUUUACAGAAUCAACUUGAGCAGGACUCAUAAAAGCAAAUACUGAGUCUGCAGAAACCAAAUCUGCAUAAGGAAUCUGUCUGUCUGCCUGUCUCUCUGUCUUUUUCAAGUUAGGAAGCUAGAAUAUUAUUUCUCACUGUAUUGAGUCAAGAACAGAGUUCAUUUAAAGGAUGUCAGUAUUAGGCCAAACCUUUAUCCACAAAUACACCUCAUUAUAUUAGUUGUUAUAUGCUAAAGCUGUAUGUGUGUACAUGUUUGUAUAAAUGAAUUUUAUGUUUUACAUUUCUUUCUAUAGCAGCUUCUGUUCAUCUCUAGCAUUAAGGCUGCUGGAACUUUGUUCCCACACAGAACCUGUUCAUGAGGUCGGCUUCAGUUAAAGGCUGUACAAAGCAGAGCAGAGAAGUGCAGUGCACUGCAGUCCUGUUCCUGCUGAUGCCAGGUCCUUUUCUGGGACCAGGGAACAGAGGCUUUGACCAGUGGAAGCAUCUUAAGUCUGAAAGUUUCCUGAUGGAGUUUGUGAUAGAAUUGGCCUUUUUGUAAAUAAAAACCCUACUUUGGGAAAUAGUA